CGUGCCUCUGAGACUCUCUGAGACUCCGAGCGCGCCUCUCUGUACUGUGUACAACGUACAAGCGUACCGUCGAGACUACUCUUUUACGUGCGGCUGUUUCUCGUGCCCGUGCAGUGACGUGACGUGCCGCCGCCCGCCGCCGCCGCCGCCGCCGCCGCGACAACGACUACGUCGGUUCCCCAGUUCGCUCGUAACCGAUCGGCUCGGCCUAACCCUACUAACAGAGGCUAGACCGAGCGUACUCUACUGGGCCGAAAAUCAGUGUUCGCUCAACCGUGAUCUCGGCAGCAUCUCGGCUGCGAUAAAUCGCGCUCUCUACAAACGACAUUUUCCGGAUAAUUCCUUACUUUUUUCUUCCUUCUACCUUCUUCCUCUACUCUCUCUUGGGUCUGUCUCUUGGUUGUUUGUUAUUUUUUUUCUACUUUCCUCCCUCGGAUAUACGAAAGGGGUGAUACCUGGAUAACUGCCGUGUACACUGGACGCUGAUGCACCCUGGACUCUCGGAGGAUUCGUAUUUCUCUCGGUUGGAACGCACAAGCGCACCUUUACGUCGGCGUUACGUCUCUUCGACGCGAUGUGGUCCAUCCGCCUCGAGGUGAUCGCUAUCACUGGUUCUGGAUAUCAUCGUGCUGUUAUGGAAAACACUUGCAACGAUUGAGGAUCGUUCUUCUGUGUCAUAGACAUUGAUACGAGGAUCGCUUCAUCUAUCACGGAUUAUUAUCGACAUUGGAUACUCGUCCGCUCCGUAUUUUGGCACGGGCUUUCUACGUGCGAAUACUCUUGUGACAACUUCCCGCUCUGUUCGGCCAUCGCACGUGGAGAUUCUUCCUUUUUUGCUUUGCGUUUAAGAGGAUCCGGAGGAUAACACUGUGGGUAGUGGAAGUCGAGAGGGAAAGAGUGUCGCGUCGUUUGACCUUGGUGCAGGGAGAAGAAAAAGUAAAAGAAUAUAAAUUAAAAUUCGCGAGUGGGUCUUCGACUGCUUUGCUACUCUCUGAAGAGAAUUCUAAACAAAAGCAAAGAUAAGGAUAAAAAAUGUACAUUCUGUACGCGAGUGAAUAGUGACGGAUCAAAGAGUACUUUUUUUUUAACAGCCACGAUACAGGGUGUCUCGUUGCUGUUCGCAUCUGUCGGGUGUGACAGUGUGACAAGUAAAUGUAUAUACGCGUAUAUAUAUACACGUGUAUUAUACAGUGUGUCUCUUUAAGAUCGUAAAAGUGCAGCAGUGAAUUCAACACUGUUCCAAAGACUGCAGAGGCCGAACGAAAAGAGGCAACAUUUUGAAAAGGCAGGCUUAACCAGCGACUGGAUAGAUGCUGAUUCGCGGCUUCUCCAGUAGUUCGUGCUGAUGGGAUCGAAGGUACGACGGAAGUGCUCUGAUCAGUGGGAGUCGCGGACAUUACCAGGAAGUGGAUGCACCCUGAGGAAGCCUCGUGGCAGCCGUUGCUUACUAAGGGAUUAUCGUGAGGAGGAGAAUCGAAGUGGAGUGCUCGUCGAGCGAAGAAAACGAAGACGAGGGUGAAAGCUAAGGAGUAAAAAGGAUAGAGAGAGAAGGAUAUAUAUAUACACAGAGAGAAAAAUAUAUAUAGAAAGAGAGAGAAGUACUUGAAAGUGCGUGACGGGGCAAAGUGGUGUGCGCGACGGGACUUUAGGGGUCGGUCGGUCGGUAGAUGUACGGAUUUUAAAAGCAGCUCUGAAGGCCAGCCCGACGCAAUGCGUCGACGCUGCUGACGCAACGCGCCUGGAUGCGUCUCACUCUAAGCACGUUACCACAGCUUGCCGUCUUAGCGAAGAUUUUGUGCCUCCUGAUGGUGGUGAUGUGCGGGGCGGUGCCGGCAAUGGUGCGCUCCGUGAGUCUCUAUUCGACUUGCAGCAGCGGCAAUGUUACCGUGAUCGGCCGCGCGGUCAAGGCAGUAGGGCGCGACGACAACAACGCACCCUUUCAGAAGCUGACGACGCAGUCCGAAGACUUCAGCGGGAAGCUGUACAUCUUCGCGGAGAAGAGCCAACGAUAUAUCUGUUUCAACAAACGAUGGAAGCUAGUCGGAUUGCCCAAAAAGCAGAAGAGCCCAAUGUGCCAGUUCUAUGAGGUCUACAACGGCUCGUACCUCAGGUACAGGAGCGUCGCGGACGGUGUCCAUUACCUCGGUUUCAACAAAUGGGGCAAACCCAUGAGGAAUCCCAAUGGUCGGCAGGAGUGCUUCAACUUCAUAAAGUACAAUCCGCACUUCGACAUCAAGCACCACAAUAGCCUAGUGACGUCGAACAUGGCCACCGAGCCGAGGCUCGUCGUAAGGAAGCCGGCGCUGAUUCGCGCCCCGAAGAAGUUCCUCCCGUCGUCGGACGGCGGCCGAGAGACGCAUCGUCACCGGCACAACCGCUGGAAGAUACGCGAGGACGAAGUCAGUCCACGAAGAAGGCACGAGAGUCGUCUGCUGGAGGCGAACAAGUAUUGAGCCUCGUUGCUCGCCGAUCAAGACUGCCUCUCCCGCGACGUCGACGGCCGCGAGAGGACGUCCAUACCGACGGAGGCAGCGCCCCGGGCCCGACGACGGCGAACGUCCUUACUAUCGUCGUUAAGGACACAAGUAUAGUUUGGAAGUCAUCGAAUCGACGCUUGACAACGACUCUCGAUGACUUGGCUCGAUUUCACUUUAAUGAUCGAUCAAUGUCGAGCGGGAUGAAACUCGAGGUCAUCCGCCAUCCUGUACCGGUGAGACGCCUUCUCCGGGACACGAGCCACGUGGACGUGGGUUGCACGCGCGUCACAUUGCUCGCUCGCUCGCGCGCUUGCGCAGUAGAGCCAUUGCGCAGAGUAACGUAAAAAUACAAGAUAAGGGGGAAAAAAAUGAAAAAAAAAUAUUCAAAGAAAGCUGUGCUAAUGCUGCUAUGUAGUGUGCGCGCAGUUUAUUCGCAAUCGUCGCGAAUUUGACUGUCUCGUUUUUAGCUGUUUCCCGAACCUCGAAACCUCAACCACCCCCCGCCCUCCCACCCCAAAUCUCCCCAUCCCUAAGAUAAAUCCGUGUGUGCCGCGCAUUAUGUGCUGACUUAUGUGUGUGUGCUUCGAACGGCAAGUUCUCAUUCGGCCGUGUCCAUUGCGCAUGCGCGGACGCGCCACUGCUUGCGCGCAUGCGUACCUGCCUUUGCGUCUAGAGUCUUACGUGGUGGACGUUACGGACGGAUAGCGCGAAUCUCUCGUUAGCUACGAAGGAAACAAAAAAUCAUUUACGUAUAUCUAUAUUGAAAUCCUUUUUUUACAUUAGAAUAACGUAUACGCUUCGUACAAUGGAUAAGAGAGUUCGCGAAGUGCGUCAUUGACUACGUUGCUCUCGUAGUAAGUCGUGCGAAGAAUUUAACAACGCGAUCGGCCUCCUCGAGAAAUGAAAAAUUACACAAAAGUUCUCUUCCACUGCCCCAGUCCUUUCCUUCAGUCUCGCGAAACCGACCCGAGUCCUGUGAAUAUUUUUUAAUUUUUUAUCGCGAGCCUUGGUAUGACGUCACUAAUAUUAACCGGUACGAAGCAUUACUUCAAAAACGAGGACUAAUAAACGGAGGUGUACGCGAGUGCCUGUGCGUGCCUGCUGCGUGUCUGCACUGCGCGCGUAAUGCGCAUGCGCAUCAAUUUUCGCGGCCGAGCGUGUUUGCGUGUGCUUCGGACCCCCGUGCGAACGUUGCGAGUGCGUGUAAUAUACUACAUACUGUUAAUGACUUUAAUCCUUAGGAUGCUAUUGCAGACUGUAUUACUAGGUUAGGUAUGAUAUAUAUAUGAUAUAUAUAUAUAUAUAUAUAUACAUAUAUACAUAUAUAUAUAUAUGACGCGGUGGCGAUUACGCGAAUCGAAAGGAACAUGGCGGCAUGCUUUACGUUUCUCAGUGAAUUAACGUCAAUUCGUGACUCCCAAUUCGCGAUGUCUCGAUCCGCGAAUAUUCCGUUAAAACGUUUCGUCGAUAUCGCCACCUAAGGAGCGCCUGCCCCCCCCUCCCACCCUCUUUCCCAAAAUCGCUCCCUAGGUAGCUUAUUUAUUGAAAUCAUUUGUUUAGGUAUUACGAGACAAACCGACCGAGAAAUCCAUUCUCUUUUUUCUACCCCCCCCCCAUUCCUCUCUCCCUCCCCUCGUAUGUAUAAAAAAAAUACUGCUCUCUUCCGUUCACUCUGUCUUUUUUAUCUCACUUUUCGUAUCCUCUGUCGUUUCAUUUUUUCCCCCUCAUCUUCAUCUUCAUUGCCAUAUUUUUGUCAUUCCUGUCAGAGGAUAUUAUCCUUGCAUCCCACUGUCCAUCCUCCAUCCGCACAGUGUCCAUUUUCUACCAUUUCUUGUAUCUUUAGACGUUAAAUCUACUUUAUUCUAGCCCGGUGGCCUCCACGCAUCAACUGCGAAACGGCGAUCAAUCAUUAAAUCGAGUCAUUAUUAUUUUUUUUUUUUCAAUUUUUGUUCCUUUCAUAGUCGCGCGUCUUUUACCGCUUUCACGAAUUUUUUUAUUCGCUCUCGAAACCAUCCCUACAUUCCUCGGUCCUUGUUCCUCGUCUCACGUAACCACGGCCUCAAUCCCCUCAAACUUCCCGAGAUACGAACACGCGCUUAUUACCUGGAAUCUGAGAAUACUCAAUAACUAAUUAGUUUAUUUCGUUUUCUUUUACAAAUGGCAGUGCGUAGAGGGCCCCGGACGUGCGGUGUUUGUAUGUAACGCUGAAAAGUAGAGGCAACAAAAUGUGCGUAGAAAUGGUCGCGUUCCGCAAGACGAAUUCACCCUGUUUCAUUCCUUUGUUUUUUUUCUUUUUAAUUCAUCGAAUACAUCUUGUUUAAAUAUAUCGAAAUCCAUUCGCACAACGUUACAAUUAAAUGCUCUGAUUAUUUUUUUUUAUUUUCAACGUCAAAAUUCACUGAUCAAUUUUAAACGCUUUUAAUACUGCAAAGGAUAAUGAAACGUCAAAAUUUCGUGGCUCCUUGUCGGGCGGAAUGCGAUUCACGAGCAGGUUAGAUGAAAGUCGCGCGGCAAGAAAAAAAUGCAGCUGACCAUAAAAACGUAAAUCCGACGCUUAUAAUUUAAUAACAGACAACUAAUAUAACGUGUAAUGUAUUGUAUUGUAAUAUGGUAUUGUAACUCCACCUCUAAAAAUUAACCUACUCGUUUAUAUAUGUAAGCAUAAUCUCACGACGCGUCACGAGAGACGCUUGCGUCGCGACGACGAUUACUAUCGAAAGCGAGAUGUCGAUAAAAAUAAAGACUGCGCGUGAAAGUAGAAUUAAAAAAGAAGCAAAAAUUUCUGACCGGAUAUUUCAAGUGGUCGUCGGCGUGACGUCGUGGCGCAACUCGUCGCGUACAAUCUCACAAAACUCACCAGUAAACCCAAUGAGGAGUCGUUGGAUCGAAAUUCUGUCGUUCUGCGAUGAUUACGCCAGAUCUAAAACACAAAAGAACGAAACGGAUAAAGUGAAAGUUGGAAAAAAAGAAAAAUGAGAUAGCACCACAGAAAUCGAAUCAGCGACUGACAUUUGGUAGAACCAUCAUUUUUUUACUUUUCGCCAUCAAGAAUCAGCGAUAAAAACGAAAGAAAAAUGAAUCUGAUUACAUUAGAUAGAUAAUAUACAUAAUAAAAACAAAAGUAAAGUAUAAAUAUUAUAUAUAAAUAAAUAUAUGAAAGAUGAUGUGUAUUGUAAGAUAUUUAAUACUGAUAUAGGCACACCCAAUGAUAUUGUAAUGACGAUGAUGAUACCAAUAUUCACGUUGUAACAUAGUGGCGUACCUCGUUACUCACUAAAUUAAUGUGUCGAUGUACCCGGGCGUGCUCUGAUCGUGUAUAUCGUUUGCAAAACAAACAGAAGCAUAGACACAACAUCCUUAUCUCCAUUACAGUCUCUGUCAUGAGUAGAAAAUAAAACUGAUAUCAGUCAUUCCGCAAGGAUCAUCAAUAAAUCUCAAUAUAUUCACACCUGCAAACACAACUUCCUAAUCUAAAGCCAAAGGACUUUUCCACACGCGUUCAGAGUACGUAGUUCCACAAUUAGCCACAGGAGAGCGCUCGUGCAGUCUCGAACGCUGUACUGCGCAUGCGCUCUUGUCAAUCGAGCAUUGCGCGCCCGGCAGCAGCUAGCAAUAAUAACAUUCCAACGUAAAUCGCAUACUGCGAGUUAUAUACUGUGUGCCGCCGUACGAGAAACGAAACACUGUCAAAUACACGCUCAUACACUGCUAACCUUCA